AUGAAAAGUUUAUUAAUUUCAACAAGUCAACAAGAAAAAUUAAUACAAAAUGAAGCAGAACGUCGACGAACACUUCGUCUUCUUCAAACACGUCAAAUUGAAAAACAACGUGCUGCUCAACUUCGUCAAACAGUUGCGGAUGAAAAGAAAAAACGAACAUAUCUAUUAAUUAAUCAAUUGAAAAAUGAAUGGGUACAAGAAAAAGUUGAUUUACAUGAUAAUCUUGAAUAUCAAUUUCGUGAAAAUCUUAUGGAAAUGGGAAAAGGUCACAAAGAAGCAGCUGAUCAACCUGAUUAUGAACAUGAAUGGUUAACAAAAACAUUAGAUAAUGAUGCUCGAGCUAUAGAACGUGGUCAAGAAGCACUUGAUAAACUUCAUGUUGAUAUGAUGCAAAAUGAAAAUGAACGAAAUAUUCAUAUUCUUCAUCGAAAAGCAGCACUUGAAUUAGAAAAAGUACGAGCACAACAGAUUGCUAAAUUACCCGCACCUGAAGAUCCAUUACGUGAUCUUCAAAUGAAACCAACUACAAUUGUUACGGUUCAUGAUCCAUAUAAUUUUACAACAACACGAUAUCAUCUUGAAGAACGUCUUGUAACAAAAGAAGAUGAUCAACAAGGUGAUGCAGCACAAGAUGCUAUUAUCGAACAAGAACGUAUUGAUACAUAUGUUUCGGAUAAACAACGUUUAUGGAAUGAACAACAAGAAAAAGCUCGAGUUCGUGGCGAUAAUGCACUUAAACGUGAAGUUCUCGAUAAUGCUUAUGAUAAUGUACUCGAUGAAUUAGGUAAACUUGAAAGACAAGAUCGAGAACGUCGUCAAAAAGAAAUACAAAAUUUACCAAAAAGUAUAUUUAUACCACCAUGGCGUCGUGAAGAAGAACGUGAAGAAAGACAACGACAAAUGGAAACAGCAUUUGAACAAGCUUAUCAAGAUACACAUCGAAAACAACCAAUUCCAAUUGUUCUUAUGAAUGAAGAUGAAAUUCCAGAAGAUGAUGAAGAAGAAGAAGAUGCUAAUAGUGAUCGAACACUUGUUGCAGAAAAUGAUGAAGAAAAUCCAUCUCCUGAAUAUCGUCUAACAACAAUAACUCCAUCAGCAAAUACAUUACCAGUAGCUGAUGAAGUUCAUGAAGAUGAAGAAGCAACAUUAGCUGAUCCAACUAUAAUGACAUUACAAACACCAUUACCCGAACAACAAUAUGUUAAACAACAGCAACAACAAAAUAUGCAUCGUUUAAUGGAAAAAAUUGAACGACAAAGAAAAGCUGCACAAAAUCGAGUCAAUCAACAAACAUCACUUGUUACACCAACAAUUAAAACACCUAAACGACUUAUUGUUAGUCCUGGUUAUGUUGAAAGUAGUACAUCAAUUGAUUCAUCAUUAACACAACAAGAUAUUCAUGAAGAACAAUCAUCAUCAAAUACUACAACAGCUGAUAUUGAAGAACGACGAGCUAAACUUGAAUCUCGAAAACAAGUACUUGAAAAACAAAUACGAAUUUUAUCUGAACGAGCAAAUUUUCUUCCACAAAAGUCAACGUGUCCUAUAGCUUCAUCAUCAUCAGAUCUUUCUAUUGAAAGUUUACUUAAAAAUUUACGUACAACAAGUAAUACAGCUAGUAGUAUACCAUCAACAACAUCUUCAAUAUAUGCUGGAAAACAACACGAAGAUGAUCAUGAACAAUUUGUUCAAGCUGUUCAAGCUAUUGUUACUUCAGAUGAAUCUCAAUUACAAUCAUCAUCAUCUGGUAUUGCUAUUGAAGAUGAUGAAAGAUCUCAUGGAACAAUGUCGGAUGAUACGAAUAAAGGAAAAUUUUUAUUUGAUAAAUAUGAAAGUCAUUCAUCAGAAGAUCGAGAUCAUUCAUUAGAAGAUCUUAUUUCACGUCUUGUUGCUACUCAACAACAAUCAAAUCAUAAACAAUGUCAAAAUCAACUAAUGCCUGAAACAAAAUCACCAACUGCUCAAACAACAAGUCCUUUAAUAAUUGAUGAUCUUGUUGAUGAUGCUUUGUCAUCAAUAUCAUCCUUAUCAAUAAGUACACCUGUUGAUCAACGAUCAGCAUCACCUGAAAUAACUCAAUUACUCUUAUUAAAUCGAAAUAUCGAUAGCUCUCAAGAAUUUACUGCAAAUAAAAAUGAUGAAAAUCGUUUUUAUGAAGAAAAACGUUUAAUUGAACAAGAAUUAGAAUUAAUUCGUCGUGAACGUGAAAAUCUUCUUAAUGAACAUGAACAAUAUCGACAACAAACAAUAAUAUCAUCAAUAAAACAACAAUCAUCAGCUCAACCUCCUCCACCACCAUCUAUUCUUCGAACAAAAUUAAAUAUUGUUGGUAGAAAUGAAGCACAUGAAUUAAGUACAAUACAAGAAGUUGAUACACCUGUUAGUUCAAGAAAUACAUCAUUAUUUCAUCAUCGUAGUCCACUUAAAUCUUCAUUUGAUCUUCAACAAUUAGAAAGAAUAUCCUCAGUUGAUUCAUCAUCAUCAUCAUCAUCAUUAUUAGCUGAACAUAAUGAUAUUCCUCCAUUACAAACACAAUUGAUUCCUAUUAUACAACAACAACAACAACAGCAACAAUUAAUAUCUAAUACUGGUUUAGAACGAGAUGAUUCAGGUAUAUCACUUAUUGAUGGUCCACGUUCAUCGGCAACAUCUCGAACAACACUUGCUGGUUGUAAUGGUGGUGGUGGUGGUGGAAAAAGUUCAAGUAGUGGAAUUCAAAGUUUAUUAACAACACGACAACCACGUGUAAGAACAAUAACAAAUGAAACAACAACAACAAAUACAUCAACGAGUGCUAAUUUACCUGUUGUUAUAACAACACCAAGAUCAAAUACAGAAUCGGAUGAUCAAUCCAUAUCAAGUGUAUCAAAAAAGUGGCGUGAUAUACUUGCUAAUGAAUGUUUACCACAAUUACCACAAUCAUCUGUACCAUUAAUUAAUAUUAAUAAAAAUGAUGGACCACAAUUAACACAUUCAUUAGGUUUUGGUUCAUCAAAUGUUGAAGAAAUUCUUCCAUCAUCAUCGUCAAAUAAUCGUAAUGAUCUUGUUUCAUCAUCACAAGGUUUACCAACACAAGAACAAAUUCUUCGUUCUCAAUAUGAUAAUGAACAAUGUGAUUUAAUGUCAUUAAUUAAAGUUCAUGAAUAUUUAACUAAACAACAACAUCCAUCAUCAACAAUAACAGUUGUUGAACAAUUAUUACCAUCAUCAUCGACACCACCAAUACAUCAUCAAUCACAAUCAACUUUAACAUCAGUUACAUAUCGUUCAUCAAUUGCUAAACAAGCACUUGCUAGUGGUCCACUUAUAUCAACACCAUCACAUACAUCAUUUGCAUCAUCAGAAAUUCCGAUUAAUCAUCUAUCACAAGAUGGAAAUGAACGCCGAAAUAGUAUUACGAGUGAUAUACAUCAAUUAGCACGUUCACCAAAUACAUUUGAAACGUCAAUAACAUCAAAUUCAUCAUCAAAUUCAAAUAAACAUCAAGAUACAUUAUCAUAUUUAAUUGAACAAAAUCAACGUGCCAUGCAAAGACUUAUAUCAAAUCAUAAUGAAAACCAAACUGGUGUUGAAUCAACAACAUUUUAUUCAUCAGCAUCAAUGCAUGCAGCUGAUUAUGAAACUGGACCAUUAACAACAAUAACAACAACAAUAGCGUCGCCUGAAAAAAUACAACAAAAAAGUACAUUAAUUGAAACAGGUUCAUUAUCAACACUUGAUUUUCCAUCAGCUAUUUUACAUGCUGAAGAACAAACUUUAUUUGAACCAGCAAAACAUGAUUGCAAAAUUGAUUCAGAUGAUCGUGGUAUUCUUGAUGAACCUUCAUUAACACUUCUCUCGAAUAGUUAUCGUUCAUUAACAACAACUACAGGUCAAAUUCCAACGGCUAUUAUUGUUCAAUCAACGUCACAAAAGAAAAAACAAUGUUCAUCUCCACUAUCAAAUUAUGAUGAUAAAACAAGUGCUUGUUCAACACCUUCAUUAUCACCAAUUAAAAAUGAACCAUUAAUUAUAAUAAAUACAACAAAUAGACAUGAUAUAUCAACACCAUUACAAGUAAAUAUGUUACCUAUUAGUCAACAUUCACCAUUCAUUACAUCAUCAUCAGCAAAGUCAUCAAUACAAUAUUCAUUAGAAAAACAAAAAAAUCAAACGAGUAGUGAUGAUACAUCUUUACUUUCAUUUGAACGACAUGAAUUAAGUGCAAGUAAUGCAACAUUAAUGACAAAUAAUGAUAUUGAUGAUGAACUUAAAUCAACUGAAAAUCUUUCACCAAAUCAUAUUGAAACUAUUGUUGCUCCUUCGACAACUAAAACUACUGCCGAUUGGUCUUAUUUUGUUACAGUUGGUGGGGAAAUUUCAAAAGAAGUUAGAAAACCAACAACAUUGACAUCAUUUUUAUCAUCAUCAUCAUCAUCAUCAUCAUCGUCAUCAUCAUCAAGUAGCAGUAGUAAGAGUAGUUCUCAGACACGGCAACACGUAGGUGGUCUUGAGUUUUUUAUUGAUGGACAAAAACAAGAUACUUCUGCUCAAAUUGUUCAAUUACCUUCUCUUCAAUCAGCUUUACAAACACGUCGUGCUGAAUUUGUUACAACAAGUCAAAAACGUGUCGAGGAAAUCAAAGCUAAAGAUUACACAAAAAUAAAUUCUUCAUCUAUUCCUGUUCCAUUUCGUUCAAGUUCACAAAAGCAAACAAUAACAUCAGCAUCAACAAAUUCAUCAAAGAUUAUUAUUGAAACUGAUUCGGAAGAACGACAACGACGUACACGUGAAUCAAAAGAACGUUCUAAACGUUUAUAUGAUCAAUUAGCUGAAGUUCAACAAAAGAAAAAGUUUCAUGAUACAAAACAACAAGCACAAACUUAUCGUGCACGUAUGAAUGCUUUUCAAGCAGCAUUAGAUAAAAAGAAGACCAAUAAUAAUAAAAAAUCAUAG